AUGUGGCUAGGGGACGAGUUGUCCAACCGAGAUACUGGCUCACCAAAACGCACAGCAGAAUCCUCAAUACUCGUGAGCCUAUGGCAAGUCCUACGCGUACAGACAACCCCGCUAAGGGUCUAUGAAACACCCCGUCAAGGGAGGCCGGGUCCCGAUAUAUCCAAGUACCCAAUGUUUCCAAGUAUCAAAUCCAAGUGUCUAAGUGCCGGGGAGGUACAUAGGGUAGUGCUAAAAUCAAUCCGGACUAACAUAAACCACAACCCAAAUCCCAUUCCAUAG